UGCGGUCAGGUGUGAUCGCGCUCGUAUAUAGUAUGCUCUUCUCGUAACCGGUUUCGUUGGUCGUUUCGAAUGUUAUUCGCGGUUCUGUUACACUUACGUAACAGUGAAUAUGUGGCGUGAACAAUUAAAAUCAUGUUGACAUAUGACUAUGUUAAUGGGAAUAAAAAGCAGUUAAUUAGCGUUAAGGGUUAUCAUGUUACUUAUUCUUCGUCCAAUAGGAAUCUAUCGGCACGUACCAUGCAGCUUUGUGCCAAAACUUUCUAUCCUCAUGUGUUCUGGCUCCCCGAAACACAAAUCGACAAAAGCUGCAUUUAUGGAAAAACCAACACAAGUGUUGGAGAAUGAUCGAUUACAGGUUACCGCAAUAACUUCAGCAAUACCUUUCUCCGUUGAGAAAGAUGUGUGUAGUAAAAUUAAGAAAGAUCGAUCUAAGGUAGAAGAAUCAGAACAGACGCCAAUAACCAUCGAUUAUAGCAAACUUCACAAGGACUAUCUCAAAUUGUCCAAGAUUAAAUUAACAUCUCUUGUUGUGGCAACAACUAUGGCAGGGUACGCACUAGCUCCUGGAGCACUCGACAUUUAUACACUUGCAAUGUGUUCCGUUGGCACGGGCUUAGUCUCGGCCACGGCGAAUACGAUUAAUCAAUUUUUUGAAGUUCCUUUUGAUGCGCAGAUGUCACGGACGAAAAAUCGAGUAUUAGUACGCGGUCGUUUGACGCCUGUUCACGCAGUAGGAUUCGCAGCGAUAUCUGGUAUACUCGGAUUAUCGAUACUUUAUCAUGAAGUAAAUGGUAUAACGGCAGCGUUAGGUGCUGCUAACGUUGUCUUAUACACGCUCAUCUACACCCCCAUGAAACGGAUCAGUAUUGGUAAUACGUGGAUUGGCUCAAUUGUAGGUGCUAUACCUCCACUUAUGGGCUGGACGGGUUGCACUGGCGAUGCCCUGACAUUAGGUGCUUGGAUCUUGCCCGGUAUUUUGUACGCGUGGCAAUUUCCGCAUUUUAAUGCCCUCUCGUGGAAUUUAAGACCGGAUUACUCACGAGCCGGCUAUCGAAUGAUGGCCGUCACGAACCCAGAUUUAUGUCGCAGAACAACCGUGAGAUACACGGCUGUUCUAAUGGCUCUGUGUUACUUGGCUCCUGUGGUGGAUGUAACUCACACGUGGUUCGCACUAGCUUCGACACCUCUCAACGCGUAUUUUCUUUAUCUAGCUUGGAAGUUCAACGAGCAUUCGGAUAGCGCUAAUUCUAGGAAAUUAUUCCGAUUUUCGUUGCUUCAUCUUCCCUUAUUGAUGGUGUUGUUACUCUCGAGUAAGAAGUGUUGGACCAGCACCACGGAAAAGCAGGGAGAUAAGGUUGUGUCCUCUCACAACGUGCCGCCAGCAGCAGCAGCAGAGAAAAGCAAUCCGUUGAGUAUUUUUACAUCCAUCGCAUCAGCAACUUCAACUGUACAGUGAUACUGUUGGACUUGUCGGACUUGACAGUACAAAUUGUUACAGCUUCACAAUGUAUUGUAGAUCUUUGAGAUUCCUACAUUACCUCGUUAGUCUCGUGUAAAUACGAUAUCAUGUAAAGUACGUUGUCUAAUCGUAUUUUAGGCUUAAUAUUAAUGUAACCAAUAAACUGACGCGAUGUCAGAUCGAUACUUUUGUAGGAC